AUGGGUAACUGGUUGAUUUUGGUGGUUUUGGCCCAUGUUGUGGUAAUUACAAGUGCAAGAAUUGUGCCAAUGGGAGAAAGGGUUUUAAAGAAAAACAUUGUUGAUGUUCGUCUUUCUAUUAGUGGGGGACUAUCUGGUGGAGUAUCUGGAGGUGGUAACACUACUAGUGGUGGACUUUUUGGUGGAUUUUCUGGGGGAGUAUCUAGUGGACUGAAUGGCAGUAUUACUAAUGGCGGUGGACAAUUUGGUGGAUUAAAUGGAGGCGGUAAUAUUGCAGGAGGUGGAAUAUUUAGUAGACAAAAUGGAACCGGUAAUGCUACUGAUGUUGGAAUAACUAUUGGUGUAAGAGGAGGCGGUAAUUUUUCUGGUGGUGGUAUAUCUGGUGGAUUAAACAGUGGACAAAAUGGAGUCGAUAAUGUUAUUGGUGAUGGAAUAUUUGGUAGGCAAAGUGGAGGCGUUAUUGCCACUAAUGGAUUGAGAGGAAGCAAUAAUCCAACUGGUGGUGGUCUUUCAACUGAAUUAAAUGGAGGAGGUAAUGCUAAUGUUGGUGGUAAUUUUACAAGUGGGGAAUAUUUGUUGGACUAA